CCACCCACGACCUGCAGGAGUUAGGGUUUUUGCAAGUUGCAGUUACAGUUUCACAUAUACAACGCCCAUCUUUCUAUUUUUUUCUUUAUUUUUGUUAUUUUAUUUUUUCCAUUUUUGAUUUAACCUCGCAGCAAAUUGAACUCUCUCCACAAAUCCCCGUUUUUUUCGCCGCCGCACGCCGCCGGACAGGAGCCCGACUAAGCUGCCUUCUGCUGAAUAUAUGGCCGGCUCCGAUAGAAAAAUCGGGGAGGAAGAGCAACACCAUGCGAGCGCCCCUGAAGCGGCGCCUUUUGAUCUCAAUGAUUUCACCAUAAUCAAAGAAGGGGAGGCAGAGAUUUUAAUGCACGUGAAAAAUGAAGUCUUUUAUAACAAAACCCAGGUUAAUAACAGAGACAUGUCUAUUGCUGUUUUGAGAACGUUUAUAUCAAAGCGCAAAGAAGAACAUGAAGCAUUGUUGUCCAAGAAAAGGAAAACUGGGCCUGAAGUUGCAGGGGAGCCUGCCAUCGAGCACGAAACUAUAACAGAUGCCUCAAUUUGCAAGGACAAAUCGAAUGGGGAAUGUGAAGUUUCUCAAGAGGUGCCGCAAGACAAACCCACCUGCACUUCUGUAGAUAAACCUUCAAACCAAUAUGGAAAAGGCUCAAGAGAACUAAAACUAAAACCUCCCCGAGUUUUGGAGGCAUUGUCUGCUUCUGGACUUAGAUCCUUAAGAUAUGCUCGUGAAGUAGAUGGAAUUGGCCAAGUGGUGGCUGUGGACAAUGAUAAAUGUACGUCUGUCGAAGCUUGCAGGAGGAACAUUAAAUUUAAUGGCUCGGUGGCAUGCUCGAAGGUUGAGUCGCAACUUGCUGAUGCUAGAGUGUACAUGCUUACCCACCCGAAAGAAUUUGAUGUGGUUGAUCUCGAUCCUUACGGUUCACCAUCUGUUUUCCUGGACUCUGCUGUUCAGUCAGUUGUAGAUGGAGGCAUCUUGAUGUGUACAGCAACUGAUAUGGCCGUGCUCUGUGGGGGCAAUGGUGAGGUCUGCUAUUCCAAAUACGGGUCUUACCCUUUGAGAGGAAAAUAUUGCCAUGAGAUGGCAUUGAGGAUCCUUCUUGCAUGUAUUGAAAGCCAUGCAAAUCGGUAUAAGCGGUACAUUGUUCCUGUGCUAUCUGUUCAAAUAGAUUUCUAUGUACGAGUUUUUGUGCGUAUCUACACUUCUGCUGGUGCAAUGAAGAACACUCCCUUGAAAUUAUCAUACGUUUAUCAAUGCACUGGCUGUGAUUCUUUUCAUCUUCAGCCUAUUGGGAGGACCGUUUCUAAGAACAAUAGCACGAGUGCGAGAUAUCUUCCUGGGUUCGGUCCAGUUGUUACCCAAGAAUGCACUGACUGCGGCAAGAAAUACAACAUGGGUGGGCCCAUAUGGUCUGCACCAAUCCACGAUCAAGAAUGGGUGAAUUCCAUUCUAACAGAUGUAAAAUCUAUGAAGAGCCGAUAUCCGGCCUUCGAUCGGAUUUCUGCUGUACUAACCACAAUUUCUGAGGAGUUACCUGAUGUACCACUGUUUUUGAGCUUGCACAAUCUGUGUGCAACGUUGAAAUGCACUUCCCCAUCAGCAGUUAUAUUCCGUUCGGCUGUGAUUAAUGCAGGGUAUCGUAUAUCGGGUAGCCAUGUAAACCCGCUGGGUUUGAAAACAGAUGCGCCUAUGAAUGUCAUAUGGGAUAUCAUGCGUUGCUGGGUCAAAAGUCAUCCGGUGAAACCUCAACCAGAAGAUCAGGCUGGAAGCGUGAUUUUAGCCAAGGAACCAAUUUUGCUGGCAAAUUUUACGCGGGCCGUGGCUUCGCUUAGCAAGGCCCAGGCGAAAAAGGUUGCGAGAUUCCUUCCCAAUCCCGAGAGAUAUUGGGGGCCCAAAGUAAGGGCGGGCCGCCAGAUCACGAGCAAGCACGUUUCCCUUUUGGGCGUUGAGGCCAUUAACGGAAUUCACAAACACGAAGAAGGUGAAGAAGAGCAACCGGCCAAACGUAAGAAGACGAACGAAGAAGAAUCAUCUCCUAAUCUAUGAUAAUUACUCUUCUCCGGCAUUGGCCAAACUGUGUGGGACCCGUUUUUUAUUUUGACGGUCGAUUACUGAGUUUGCUGCGUUUGUGUCUUGCAGAGAGAAGUGGUUUAACAUGAAAAAAGAUGUGAGAUGCUGCACACUAGGAAAAGGUUUUAGGACAUUGGGCUACUGGAAAUUGAGGGGCUUUUGUAGUUUAUCUAUUUUCUUUUUUAUUUUUUAUUUUUUAACCCCGACAAAU